UUCCCUUACCAUCGGUCAUCCCAACUGCACAAGGAACCGAAAACAUGCAAGACGGCGUCGUUGGCUCUCCGCCGCCCCCGCUGGGGUUCAACACUUCGUCCGGCCAUGCUCGACGCGGAACAAUGGUGGCGCACACGGCAUUCUACUGGGGCACGCAUGCGGAGGUGCUCUUCUCUGGCUGGCCGGGAAAGAGCCCGACUAUGUACGCCUUGGCGCUGGUCUUCGUCUUCGCACUGGCGGCGCUCGUGGAGUGGCUCUCCCAUUGCAAGCUCGUGAAGCCGGGGGCCAACCGCGUCGCAGCGGGAUUCUUCCGGACGGCGAUCCACGCUGUCCGCGCCGGCGCGACCUACAUGACGGUGCUGGCUUUGAUGUCUUUCAAUGGCGGCGUCUUUCUGGCGGCCGUGUCGGGUCAUGCGGUGGGGUACUUGAUCUUCGGGAGCCGGGUUUUGGAGGUGGAGUCGGGCCUUCCUACGGGGAAAUGUUGAGUUGGGUGGAGCCCCGUGGGGGUGUUUUCGUGAAUAAUUAUGCAUGAGAUUCUUGAGAUUAUUAUAUCGUUGAAA